UCAUUCAAUUUCCUUCACUUCACGGAACAAACCCUCAUUAAAAUUCGCGUUCUUCAUUUUCUCCGCUUCAUUCAUUACUUCUUCAUUUAUUUCCAUUGUUAUCUCGCUAAAGUCUCAAACCUUUCUGUGCUCUGCUCUGCUGAGGAAAUUCUGUAACUUGAUGAUUAUAAAGAUGAACUGUUUCUUCUUCAAAAACAAGUCAAAAUCCGACCCAGAAUUACCAAAGCGAAGGAAGAAGAGAAAUCAGGUGGGCAAUAAUGGAGCAAGCAAGUCCUCCCCCAGCUCGCUACCAUCGCCGAGAAGCAUAAAAGAAUUGUACAAAGAGAAAGAGCACAAUUUCAGAAUCUUCACUUUGCAAGAGAUGGUAAAUGCAACACAUGGUUUCAAUAGGAUGCUCAAGAUUGGAGAAGGGGGUUUCGGGAAGGUAUAUAGAGGAACAAUUAAACCUGACCCUGAAGAUGGAGCUGAUCCUAUUCUGGUCGCAAUAAAAAAGCUUAACACGCGUGGCUUACAGGGACAUAAAGAAUGGCUUGCAGAAGUUCAAUUUCUCAGCGUCGUUAACCACCCGAAUUUGGUUAAGCUUCUGGGAUACUGCUCCGUAGAUGGUGAAAAAGGAAUCCAACGGUUGUUGGUGUAUGAGUUCAUGUCUAACAGGAGUCUGGAAGAUCACCUUUUCAGUCUUUCUUUACCUCAUUUGACUUGGAAAACAAGAUUGCAAAUCAUGCUCGGUGCUGCUCAAGGAUUACAUUAUCUACAUAAUGGACUGGAGGUUAAGGUGAUCUACCGAGAUUUCAAAUCUUCAAAUGUGUUACUGGACAAGAAAUUCCAUCCCAAGCUUUCAGAUUUCGGUCUUGCUAGGGAGGGCCCAACGGGUGAUCAGACUCAUGUAUCUACUGCUGUAGUGGGGACACAGGGAUAUGCUGCUCCAGAGUAUGUUGAAACAGGUCAUCUCAAAAUUCAGAGUGACAUAUGGAGUUUUGGUGUGGUACUUUAUGAGAUCCUCACGGGAAGGCGUGUAUUGAAUAGAAACAGACCAAUAGGGGAACAAAAGCUUAUAGAGUGGGUUAAAAAUUACCCUGCUGACAGUAGCAGAUUCAGCAAGAUCAUUGAUCCUCGUCUCAAGAACCAAUAUUCACUUGGUGCUGCUCGAAAAGUAGCCAAAUUGGCAGAUAACUGCUUGAAGAAGAAUCCUGAAGAUAGACCAUCCAUGAGUCAGAUAGUGGAAAGCUUGAAGCAAGCAUUGCAGGAUUCAGAAACCAAUACACUUAGCUCAAUAUGACUUCUAAAUCCACUGAAUCUAAAUUGGUCCCGAGUGGUAAAUAGGUGCAGCUUGAGAAUAAUUUUUGUAAUUAGUUUGAUUCAUCACCACAAAGCCAAGUCCUAUACUGUCUUCAGUAUGGUUUUGUUUGGAGAAACUUUUCUAUAAGCACUUAUAGAAGACUAUAAGAAUAAAAUAGAUUGAGUUUCUCACAAUUGAUAAAGUAAGGUGUAAGAUGAUUUUAGCUUAUAGAGUAAACUCAAUUCAUUUUAUUUAUUUUUCCCCCUCUUAUUAAUGCUUAAGGAAAAAUUUAUCCAAA